AAACGACAAUGCGUUUAAUUCACAUUAACCGCCUCAAGAUUUUGAAUUGAACACUAGCAAUAGCAAGAAAACACAAACCCCAAAUUUCGCCCCCAAUUCACAAAACAGAAACCGCUCCAAAAAUGUUGAAACUCUCUCGCAUGCUUCCUUCUUCAUCUUCCAGGAAUCACCUAUUGGAACUUCUUUCCUCUAGGAAAAUUGAAGUUCGGGAUUUCUCUACUGCCACAAAUCACUAUUCUGCUAAAGGAUAUAGUUCAGAUCGUAUAUUUGCUCCUUAUUCUGUUUACAAGGGAAAAGCUGCAUUUUCACUCACUCCUUGUCUUCCAACUUUCACUAAGUUGGAUUCUGGGGCUCUUGUGGUUGAUCGUCGUGGUUCGAUCAUGAUGAGUUUCGUGCCUGCUGUUGGGGAACGCAAAUAUGACUGGGAGAAGAGACAGAUAUUUGCCUUAUCAGCUACUGAAGUUGGUUCUUUGAUAGCCAUUGGGCCCCAAGAGUCAUGUGAAUUCUUUCAUGACCCCUCAAUGAAAUCAAGUAAUGCUGGUCAAGUAAGGAAGAGCUUAUCAAUUAAGCCUCAUAGCAGCGGCUACUUUGUCUCUCUGACUGUUGUCAACUCCGUGUCAAAUACCAAAGACAAUUUCAGUGUUCCUGUUACAACUGCUGAGUUUUCUGUGAUGAAGACAGCUUGCAGUUUUGCAUUGCCACACAUUAUGGGCUGGGAUCGUCUAACUAAUCAGAAACCAAGUGAGACAGUAAGCUUUCAACCCAAUCGGCAAUCCGGUGGGACAGUUAGCUUUCAACCAAAUCGGCAGUUGGGUGGGACAGUUGGCUUUCAACCGAAGAUGAGCCCACAGAUUUUAGACUUGGAAUGGGAAAAGUGAAUUGAUGUAGGAAAAUAUGAAAUGAAUCCUUCUUUGUUGUGCUGCAACUCCAUUUUGUGUAUUAUCAAUCCAAAGACUAGGAUGGCUUGGGAAGAUAACAUGUAAAUUGUAAUAUUUAAGAAAGAGGCACAAGAAGGAUGGAUUAUUAAAUGUCGAUGCCGUUUUGCAAUUUGUUGUUAUUUUGUUGA